AUGGCGAAAUUCUUUUCUGCACUGACACUUCGGCCUUUUUGGCUCACUCAUUUGGCAUUUGGGUCCACACUAAGGCUGUGCGAUUCUGCCUUCGGCUGGGGCACAGACAUAAGGCGAUGGCAAGGUGCAGUCAUCCACCAUAGGGGACACAGAGCCCACCCAGCCAUUCAGAGGCAUCCCUUCUUGGGUAUGCUCCCGCCUUUCUUCCAUGAAGUCUCCUCCAAUCCUGGGAGUUUGGAUUUUUCGUUGGUUAGCUUCCAUGUUCGUCGGCACCAUUGGAGUGUAUCCUUCAAACGCAGUACGUCACUCUGCCAGAGGGCCCCGAGCGUCACAAGCCCAAGGGUCCGGCGGUUGAGCUGGGUCUCCCGCAAAUUUCAUGUUCUUGUGGUGAUUGGGUCUUUGAUUUCAUUCAUCAUAGCAAUUGGUUGCGGUUAUCUGUUUCUCCUCCCAAGUUUCAGCCAGGCCUUUCAUGACUAUGAUACAUCCAAAUUUAAUGGUACGUUUAGUAGUUGCAAUGUUUUUUAUGGAAGUUGGGCGCAGGAUGAUAGUUACCCAUUGUACAAUGCUACGGAAUGUCCUUUUGUUGAACAAGGAUUCAAUUGCUUGGGAAAUGGGCGGAAUAAUAAAGAUUAUCUUAGAUGGAGGUGGAAGCCCAAGACUUGUGAUAUUCUGAGGUUUAAUGUGCGGAAUAUAUUAGAAAAGUUUAGAAGCAAAAGAGUUGUUUUUGUUGGUGAUUCUAUGAGCCAAACACAGUGGGAAUCUCUGAUAUGCUUGCUUAUGACAGGUGUAGAGAAUAAGAAAAGUGUCUAUGAAAUGAAUGGGAAUAAGAUUACAAAGCAGAUUAGGUUUUUAGGUGUUCGGUUUAGUUCCUUCAACUUUACUAUCGAGUUCUUCCGUUCAGUUUUCCUGGUUCAGCAGGGUUGGAUGCCUAAACAUGCACCAAAGAGGGUCAAAUCCACGCUUAAAUUGGACAAGUUAGAUAACAUUAGCACCCAUUGGAUUAACUCAGAUGUUCUCAUAUUCAACACAGGACAAUGGUGGGUGCCGGGGAAGCUUUUUGAAACGUAAGUUUCUCAUUUUUGUACAAAUCUCUAUUUAACUGUGCUUUUCUGUAUGAAGUUUCUUGCUU